AAGAGCGCGCCUCGUUCCUGUAGCAACCGCACCAGGUCCACGCGCAGACGGCGAGUGGCAAGGUUCAAAAUAAAUUCGCCAAGUAGAAGCCCUCGACCUGUUCAGUCCUCGCGUUCGGUGCGACGGACCUUUAAGCGUCACGUGACUCCCCUUCGGGCUCGUCCCCGCCUCUUUCCCCUCCCCAGGCCCGGGCGAGAGCCGGUUUGGACGGGAAGCUCCCGGCCCGGCGAACUAACUGGAGCACGGACGCUGCAGCCGGUUGGGCCGGUGCCCUUUCCCGCUCUGGAAAGGAAGAGAAAUGGAAGUGAGAAAGUUGAGCAUUUCCUGGCAGUUCUUGAUAGUUCUGGUUCUGAUCCUGCAAAUUCUGUCUGCGUUGGAUUUUGACCCAUACAGAGUCCUAGGGGUCAGCCGAACAGCCAGUCAGGCUGAUAUUAAAAAGGCUUAUAAGAAGCUCGCCCGGGAAUGGCAUCCUGACAAAAACAAAGAUCCGGGAGCAGAAGACAAGUUCAUUCAAAUCAGUAAGGCUUACGAGAUUCUUUCAAAUGAAGAAAAGAGAUCAAAUUAUGAUCAAUAUGGAGACGCUGGAGAGAACCAGGGCUACCAGAAGCAGCAACAGCAGCGAGAGUAUCGCUUCCGCCAUUUCCAUGAAAAUUUUUAUUUUGAUGAAUCCUUUUUUCACUUCCCUUUUAAUUCUGAACGGCGGGACUCAAUUGAUGAAAAGUAUUUGUUGCACUUUUCACAUUAUGUGAAUGAAGUGGUUCCAGAUAGCUUCAAGAAACCCUACCUCAUAAAGAUCACCUCGGAUUGGUGCUUUAGCUGUAUUCAUAUCGAGCCUGUGUGGAAAGAAGUUGUUCAAGAACUGGAGGAAUUGGGUGUAGGAAUUGGCGUGGUCCAUGCUGGGUAUGAGAGACGCCUGGCCCAUCACCUGGGGGCACACAGCACACCCUCUAUCCUAGGAAUCAUUAAUGGGAAAAUCUCCUUCUUCCACAAUGCAGUUGUCCGUGAGAAUCUGCGACAAUUUGUAGAAAGUCUACUUCCAGGGAACUUGGUGGAAAAAGUUACAAAUAAAAAUUAUGUCAGAUUCCUCUCUGGCUGGCAACAAGAGAAUAAGCCUCAUGUCCUUCUGUUUGACCAAAUGCCUGUUGUGCCACUGUUAUACAAGUUGACUGCUUUUGCAUACAAAGAUUAUUUAUCAUUUGGAUAUGUACAUGUGGGUUUCAGAGGGACAGAAGAGAUGACGAGGCAGUACAACAUCAACGUCUACGCCCCCACUCUCUUGAUCUUUAAAGAACAUAUAAACAAGCCUGCCGAUGUUAUCCAGGCCCGAGGUAUGAAGAAGCAAAUCAUUGAUGACUUUAUCGCCCAAAACAAGUAUCUGUUGGCAGCUAGGCUCACCAGCCAGAAGUUGUUCCAUGAACUCUGCCCUGUGAAACGGUCUCACCGACAGAGAAAGUACUGUGUGGUUUUACUGACUGCUGAGACUACCAAGUUGAGCAAACCCUUUGAGGCUUUCCUGUCCUUUGCCCUGGCAAACACACAAGACACAGUGAGAUUCGUGCAUGUCUACAGCAAUCGGCAGCAGGAGUUUGCCAACACCUUACUACCAGACAGUGAGGUGUUUCAAGGGAAAUCAGCGGUGUCUGUCUUAGAAAGGCGCAACACAGCAGGAAGGGUGGUGUAUAAAACCCUAGAAAACCCUUGGACUGGGAGUGAGAGUGAUAAAUUCAUCCUCUUGGGUUAUCUCGACCAGCUGCGUAAAGAUCCAGCUCUUCUGUCCUCUGAAGCAGUGCUUCCCGACCUGACCGAUGAACUUGCUCCUGUUUUUCUCCUUCGAUGGCUCUACUCUGCUUCUGAUUACAUCUCAGACUGCUGGGAUAGCAUAGUUCACAACAACUGGCGGGAAAUGAUGCCUCUGCUGUCCCUGAUCUUCUCUGCCCUCUUCAUCCUCUUUGGCACAGUCAUCGUUCAGGCUUUCAGUGAUUCGAAUGAUGAGCGAGAGUCAAGCCCUCCAGAUAAAGAGGAAGCCCAAGAGAAGACUGGGAAGACCGAACCAAGCUUCACCAAAGAAAACAGCAGCAAGGUUCCCAAAAAAGGCUUUGUGGAGGUAACUGAACUCACAGAUGUAACAUACACCAGUAACUUGGUACGCCUGAGGCCAGGCCACAUGAAUGUGGUCCUCAUCCUGUCGAAUUCUACCAAGACCAGCCUACUACAGAAAUUUGCUUUGGAGGUCUACACAUUUACUGGGAGCAGCUGCCUACACUUCUCCUUCCUGAGUCUAGAUAAACACAGAGAAUGGUUAGAAUACUUAUUAGAAUUUGCUCAAGAUGCAGCCCCGAUCCCAAACCAAUAUGAUAAGCAUUUCAUGGAACGUGACUACACUGGUUAUGUACUGGCCCUGAAUGGCCACAAGAAAUACUUCUGCCUCUUCAAGCCCCAAAAAACAGUCGAAGAGGAGGAAGCCAUGGGGUCAUGCAGCGAUCUUGACUCUUCCCUCCACCUGGGUGAAUCUCGAGGGAAACCUUCCUGUGGUCUUGGAUCCAGGCCCAUCAAAGGAAAGUUGAGCAAGCUCUCCUUGUGGAUGGAACGCCUGCUGGAGGGCUCCUUACAGAGAUUUUAUAUCCCAUCAUGGCCUGAACUAGACUGAGAAGAUUUUCAAAAGGGAUUUGAACUCUUCAGACUUUUUAACAUGCCCCUGUGAACAGGUAUUUUUAGGACUCAAACUACCAUAAUGAACAGAGUAUAGAUUUUAGAUUGCUCUUCUAGAACCAUGGCUAGAAGAAUCUUUCCUUUGUCCUAUUCUAACCUAGGAAUGAAAAACACCACAAGUUUGAAUUCCCUAGAUGAAAAUCUUUUCCUCUGGGUUUUAUUUUUCCUCACUGAAUGCCACACCAUUGAAAAUAGUCUGCUCAUCCCCUCUUCUUUCUCAUCCCGGUCCCGUGCUCAUCCCACCCUCUGUCCUGUGUCUUGGAGAAACACAGGGCUCCACCCUGCAAACGGCAUCUGGUGGACCCUCCUGAGCCUGUCGUGCAGGCUGGGUCAUUGGCCCCUUCCCCAGCCCCAGCCCAGCUAUGCUGCUGCCAUGGCGCAUGCUCUUAACCCUGAACAAACCAUAGCAGCUUCUAGCCCCGCAUCUGGAAAGAGACCCCUUUGCAAGCAAUCUCACAUUUACUGGUUGUUCUGGGAGUAAUUGGCUAAAGGUAUAUUUUGGGGGUAUCCCCCCAACAACAGUUUGUUGGCCAGGAUUGAAAAGGAAAGGAGUGAGCGGGCAUUCUGCAUGUGAGUUCUCAUGAAAAGGAAAGGGAGGCUGGGCAGUGGCUGAAGCAAUGCAGCUUUGAGACAUGCAGUGAGCAUCGCCUCUGCCGCCCCAGCGCUCCUGGUGGCCAGGGGAGUGUCUGCACAGCAAGAAGUACUGUGAUGACUUUGAGCCGUUGACAUAUAUGCUUUCAGAUGCCUUUCUGCCUCUUAGCGAUUUCAGGGUAUGGAUAUUAGGAGCCAUAACUUGUAAUCCUGUUCUCUGAACGUAGAGAUAAGCUGCUAUAAAGCCAGUAGAUGUUAAACUGAAGAGAAAUUAUUCCCACCUGCUAUGAGUCAGGCUCAAGGAACCUCUUCACUCUAAUAGCGUCUCUUUAGUAAAAUACCAGACAUGUCUUUGUAUCAAGGAACUUCAAAUUUCUCAACAAUUGCAUUUUGAACACUGUUACCCCAAAAGUGCUGUGUCUUCAAGUCAUCUUUUGUAGCAAGUGAGCCAAGACUUAUUCUAGACUCCCAUUUUGCAGAAGGCUUACUUUCCACUUCUGGCCUGUAUUUUGAUGUCUCAUCUUCAUUGUUUUCACUCUUAACUUACAGCUGUUUCAUGAGUAAUGGGGUCAGAUUGGCAGUCAGCACCUGAGCAUGCUGAGCUGCAGUGUUUAGUGGUCCCCAGGCUGGCUCAUACCAGCCGGUUAGAGAGCAUACCCUUUAUUUUUCGGGGCAGAACCACCAGUGGUUCUGAGUUUGAGUUUGGACAAUUACAAAGAGUGGUCCAUUCAAAUGUCAAAGCAAGUUGUUUUUGGUGGCUUUGUGAAGGGUGAAAAUCAGUGAUGGGACAUUUACUAAGUUAGGGUUCCUUUAAGCCACUUGGAUCCUGAAUAAUUUAAAUCUUGAGCUACAUUGGUAAGUAAUAAAUUAUUUAAGGCUAGGAAUUCCUAUAGGUUUCAUGGAGUCCAUAGCUUUAUUAAAAAAGAAAUCACUGCCAGGCUUCAUUCUCCUAUAUGAUCCUCUAAAAAUGAACACUUCCUCUGAAUGCUGUAUCUCUUUUUUUUUUUUUUGGGUGGGGGACGGAGUCUUGCUCUGUUGCCAGGCUGGAGUGCAGUGGUGCGAUCUCUGCUCACUCCACCUCCCAGAUUCAAGUCAUUAUCCUGCCUCAGCCUCCUGAGUAGCUGGGAUUACAGGUGCCCACCAUCACGUCCCACUAAUUUUUAUAUUUUUAGUAGAGACAAGGUUUCACCAUGUUGGCCAGGAUGGUCUCGAUCCCUUGACCUCGUGAUCUGCCCACGUCGGUCUCCCAAAGUGCUAGGAUUACCAGUGUGAGCCACCACACCUGGCCUGAAUGCUGUAUCUCAUGGCACCUGGGUCAAAUAGAAAUGGUUAAGGAAUUCAUUUGGCUCCUUGAUAUAUCAGUCCUCAAAAUUACUUUCUGGGUCUUUUAUGGCCAGGUUGCUUAUAUAAGUAGUGUUUUGGUUUGGUGGCAGGCUUUAAUUUUUAAUUUCUGGUACUAAUGAAAUUCCUGACUUUAAUUUCUGAAAACCAAAAACUCUAUUUAUUUAUUUAUUUAAACGGAGAUGAGGUCUUGCUAUGUUGCCCUGGCUGGUCUCAAACUCCUGGCCUCAAGCAGUCCUUCCACUUUGGCCUCCCAGAUGGCUGGGAUUAUCAACAGGAGCCACCAUGCCAGAUUUAUACAUUUUUGAGAAUUUUUAUUAAAAUAAAAAGACCUUCAGACAGCUGCACCUUCCAUUUGCACUAGGAAAGGAAAGUAGUAGUGGGAUUGGCAAUGUGUCUGGCAGAUGUUUCAUCCCAAAAAUUCUUCUACAGAUCCGUUUAGAGCUGGUGCCCUAUGAGGCCAUUAGGGAGUUUUUAUUAUCAAUUGAACUUUACCCUUGACCAUGCAAGGCUUUCCUCCUGAAUGCUUCCAUGAAUUUUUUUACUUUUGUGUCAAAUGUAUAAGCCAUUGUCAUGCUCAGCCUGUGCCACCAUUGCUCUGUCUGAUGUCUGAGGUAUGUAAUCAUACAAGACCCGGUUUUGGUUCUAACACUCUGGUCUUUGAAUAUCAACACUGAUGUUUUUAGAGAUGGGUUCUUCUGGUUGAUACAGACUAUGCAUCACAUUUAGCAAACGGGGUGAAACGGCCUAAGACAGGUCUUUGCAGAAUACAUGCCACUUUCAAAAAAGAAAAAAAAAUUAUUGCUCAGGUGUUUGUUGCACAAUUUUUGUCUAACACUGAGGUUAUCAGCUCCAACUAAAGAACAUUUCAGUGGGGGAAGCUGCCCUAACUUCCAUUAGGGGCUGUGGUCUCACUGCCAUCACUUAUUAGCCGUGAGAAUUUGGUUGUAGUUUGCAAGUAGAUUGGUUUCUUCCUCAUUUGCAGCCUAUUGAUAAUUGUUCCCUUUUAUUUAUUAACGUCCCAAUCAAUUUGCAGCUGCCAUCAUUACAUAAAUAUUUUUCUAUUACAAAAAGAAGUAUAAUCUGACUUUUUUUUAGUGAUUUCCUUUGUUUGGGAAUAGAGAUUGGAAGCACAUACUCAGACCUUUUUUGAUUAAGUAGAAUCCUUUCUUUCUUUCUUUUGAGAUUCAGUCUCACUCUGUUGCCCAGGCUGGAGUGCAGUGGCACGAUCUCGACUCACCACAACCUCUGCCUCCUGGGUUCAAGUGAUUCUCCUGCCUCAGCCUCCUGAGUAGCUGGGACUACAGGUCCAUGCUACCACGCCCAGCUAAUUUUUGUAUUUUUAGUAGAGAUAGGGUUUUACCAUGUUGGUCAAGCUGGUCUCAAACUCCUGACCUCAUGAUCCACCUUCCCAAAGUGCUGGGACUACAGGCAUGAGCCACCAUGCCCGGCCUUAAAUAGAAUUAUUUAAAAGCUGAUGCCAAACAUCUCUACAGAUGAACUGUAGUUCCCAUCCACAUGUCUGACAUUGUCCCUUAAAAACAAACUCAGUGUGGCAGCUGCUGAAUCUGUUCAGUCUGUCAAGGAGGAUGAUUAUACUUGGGAGAGAUCUGAAAAGAAGGUGAAUAUUUUGCACUUUUGAUACUCUUAGGAACAAAUAACUUAUUGGCAAAUUGUUUCUUUUUUAUGUUUUGGGUGUUUUUUUGUUUUUUGACUUUUUUUGUAUUGUGAACAGGCACUGAAGCUGAUAUUAUUUUAAGAUUACAGAAUGGAAAAAGAAAUAAACUAUUUUAAUGUGUGAUAA